AUGACGACCGGAGCAAGGGGCCUAAGAAAGGCAAUCCAGGAUGAUGUGAAUAUCAGCCGCUUCGUGGACCUGGCCAACACACACUUGCCCAAAUUACCCAGAGCUUCAGCGAAAUAUAUGGCUGCAAAGGUUCCUAUCCUGCAAUGGAUCCCAAGAUACUCUUUCCCGUGGCUGUGGAAUGAUUUAGUGGCCGGCAUCACAAUUGGAAUUCUUCUUGUACCCCAGAGCCUGGCGUACGCAAAAGUCGCGAAUAUCCCUACAAGUUACGGCCUUAUAUCAAGUUGGCUUCCGACAUUACUUUAUGCGAUUAUGGGCACAUCAAAAGAUGUGACUGCGGGCCCAACCGCAAUCAUGGGGUUAUUGACUGGCGAAAUCGUCACAGAUCUGCUUGGUGAAGGGUACACGGCCGCAGCCAUUGCAAGUGCUGCUGCUUUCUGGGUGGGAAUUUACUCGCUGAUCUUUGGCCUUUUCCGCCUUGGAUUUUUGCUCGACUUUAUCCCCAUUCCUGUUCUUUCUGGAUAUGUUUCCGCGGCCGCAAUCACCAUCGUUCUCCAACAACUGAAAGGAUUGUUCGGCGAGACCAAGACCGGCAGUACCACAGCGGGUGUGAUCCGAGAAUUCUUCCAACUGCUCCCCGACACAAAAUGGCAGGACUUUUUGCUUGGUGUCUCUUGCAUCGCCUUUCUUGUAGCACUACAAUUCAUCGGUCGCAAAUGGGGCAAAAAUUACCCUGCUUUGUGGUAUUUGUCUGUUGCUCGGAAUGCGCUCGUCAUUAUUCUAUCAACCCUUAUCAGCUGGGGUGUGAACAAGUCUCGCCGCGAAGACCCUGUAUUUGGGAUCUCCAAAGUGACAGGCACAGGAAUCAUUCCUCCGAAGCAGCCUGAUAGCGAGCUACUUCUCAAGGUCGCCGGUCGCAGUGUCGCAGUCUUUGUAGCUGCUGCUCUGGAGCACCUUGCCAUCGGGAAAGCAUUCGCACGGCGUCAUGGCUAUGUUAUCGAACAAGACCAAGAGCUGAGCUAUAUUGGUCUUGUAAAUCUAUUCGGAAGCUUCUUUUCUUGCAUGCCAGUCACAGGGGGAUUUUCACGUACUGCCGUGAACUCAGAAUCUGGUGUCAAGAGCCCCCUUAGCGGGCUGGCUACGACUGCUUGUGUGCUCGUUAGCAUCUAUAAACUCACCGGUGCAUUCUACUGGAUCCCAACUUCUACUCUCUCAGCACUCAUCAUUGUUGCUGUAUGGCAGAUUAUUCUCCCAUUUCAUGUUUUCUGGCAUUACUGGAAGACCUCUUUCGCCGACUUUGUUAGCAGCAUGGUUGCCUUUUGGGUGACUUUGUUUGUCAGCGUUGAGAUUGGAAUUGCUGCCGCUGUCGGCUAUAGCCUCGUUUACGUCUUGAUUCGACUUGCGUUUUCCAGUGUGACUAUGGUCACAUCUGAUAACUUCUCGACAUUGUACCAGUCAUCCUCGUCCAAUCACGAAGUAUCCGCUGUGCCUGAGGAUGCGAUGAUCUUCAUACUCCAAGACUCGAUUCUUUACCCCAAUGCUGCUCGUACCUCGCGCCAGAUUAUAAAUGCGAUUUAUACAUACAGUUCAGGAAUGCAUGAAGCGCUCACAGACACCGAUGCAGGUGAGGAAAAUUCAACGAACUCCAGAGACAGACUGUGGAACGAUACAAAGGUUGGACAUAUCAGGAGUCUACGCACAGAAGCGGGCACUGAAAACACACAAGAGAGCCCUCUACCCAAACUACGGGCUGUCAUUAUAGACAUGACCCGAGUUACGCACGUUGAUACGACCGCGAUGCAAGUAUUUGCGGAUAUCAGAUAUACUUUCAGAGAAUGGGCAGGUCCGGAUGCAGAGCUCAGGUUUGUAGGGCUGAAUCAGAGAGUCAAGGACAGAUUCAAGAGAUCCGAAGACUACUUUCAGUCGUUGAAUGACAGUCAAUCCCCCAGAGAUGAAGGGUAUAGGGUGUUCGAUGCUUUGCAGACAGCACUUUAUGAUCUUCAAACCAUCGGCGAUAGUGUGCAUGCAAAAGUAUGA